CAUGGCAGCUCAGUAAAGUGCAGCUAAGUGUGACGGAGACUGUGAAAACGAAUUCUACCCGCGAUGCAUUCGAAUUUUAUGUGGAUAGUAGCCUUAAUGGCCAUAGGAGUUUGUUUGGCCCUGCCCGCUGGUGAGGACGCCCAGGCGGAGACCAUCAAACUGGAGAGCGAGAAUACUGGAGACAAGUAUUCAUUUGCCUAUGAGACGAGCAAUGGAAUCUCGCGCACCGAGACCGGAGAGGUAAAGCCAGGUGCAGGUGAGGAGGAUGGCUCUCUUUCUGUCCAGGGCUCGACCAGCUGGUCAGCUCCAGAUGGCAAGAAGUACGAGAUCAGCUUCACGGCCGACGAGACCGGCUACCACCCUAAGUUCAGGCUGGUGGCCUAGGAGAUGUCUGAAAUUCAAAUUGAGCUAAAUAUUCCCAAUCUAAUGUAAAAGUUUUAAAGAUCGAAGAAUAAACUAGACACAACACAAAAAUCUGAAGGAA